ACAUUGCACUGGAUUGGUCAGAUCAUGCCUUAUGGUGGCCAGAAAAAAACAAAUGGUUGCUGCGUUCUCGCAACACACUUGACCAGUACAACGUCCAGGCAGAUGCUAAACUACAGUUCACACCCAUGCACAAAAACCUGAAAGUUCAAUUGCCAGAUCUUCAGAUCCUGGAUAUGAGAGUGGAUUUUUCUACCAAAUGUUUUUCAACCGUGGUUCAGACAUGUAAAGAAUUAGGUAUACGACAUCCUGAAGAGCUGUCAUUUUUUAGAAAAUGGGAUAAAGACGACUUAAAACAAGUGGCCAAAGAAGUACACAAACGAAAAAAGAGAGGAGAUCCGGAUGCAAAUGGUCCUCUCACUUCAAAUGGGACCCUACACAUUUCCGAGGCAAAUCCUGACAGUGGAAGAAUUAGUCCUUACCCGAGCAGCAGUCCUUCUGGGCCAUCACCAAAUAACACGCUGGGCAGAUCAGGUAAUGGAUACAGUACCUUGAACAAUACCCUUUUACCUGGCUCCUUGCACAGUCUUAGCUUUGAGAGCUGCCUGGAAACAUCUCUGUCAAACUCACCUUAUAUCUCAGCCAAAGAUGCCUUCCAAUAUUUGCUAAGGCCUAAAAACUUUGCUGAAAAGGCCAGAAGCAACUGCGCGUGGCUGGACUCUUCCACAUCACUCAUGGAGCAAGGAAUCAAGGAAAAUGAUUUUAUUAUGCUCAAGUUCAAAUUCUACAACUUCUAUGACCUUAACCCUAAGUAUGACUCAAUAAGGAUAAACCAGAUUUACCAGCAGGCCAGGUGGGCUCUCAUCUCUGAGGAGACUGACUGCACAGAAGAAGAAAUGAUGGUCUUUGCUGCUUUACAGUUUCAAGUGUAUCUGCAGUCUGGGGUGCCCCAACCUGAUCUGGACACUUCCAUGAAUGCACACAAUCAGUCACAAGAUGAUGAGAUUGAUGCUGCUCUCAAGGACCUGCAGGAGUCUUUGGAAGGUUCAUCUGUAACCGCAAAAAGUGACAUUACUCAUGUGCCAGAAUUAUGUGACUACGUCAAAUUUUUUAAGCCCAAGAAAUUGACGCUGAAGAGCCACAAGAGGUACUAUGCCACAUUCAGAGACACGUUCAUCAGCUUCUAUAGAAGCAAAGAAGAAUCCAAAGGGACGCCUGUCAUGGCAAGGAUUGAUGUUAAAGGUUGUGAAGCCCAGCCGGAUGUAAACCUGUCAGCUCAGAAGUAUGUUAUCAAGUUGUUUGUGCCAGAACCUGAAGGCAUGUCUGAGAUCCACUUGAGGUUUGAAUUGGAGGAGCAGUACUGUCGUUGGAUGGCAGCCUGUAAGUUAGCCUCCAAGGGAAAGACCAUGGCUGAUAGUUCCUAUGAAGCUGAGGUGGCAGCUCUGCAGAAUUUCCUCAGCUUGCAGCAUCCUGUCAUUUGUACAUCACAGAACUCAACAACUCCUACCACUGCACCGAAUCAUGUAGACAUCCAGCCUGAAGAUUAUGUCGCUCCGAGGUUUAUUAAAAAAGCUAGAGUUAAAGGGGUAAUUGGUAAAAUUAUGGAGGCUCAUUCUAGUGUUCAGGAUAUGUCACUGAUGGAGACAAAACUGGCCUAUAUAAAAGCCUGGCAGUCCCUUCCAGAAUAUGGCAUUACAUAUUUUCGUAUCAAGAUGGCUAACUCCAAGAAAGAGGAACUCAUGGGUGUUGCUUCAAACAGAGUUAUCCUCAUGGAUUUAAAUACAGGGGAUUCACAAAAAACCUGGCGCUAUAAUACACUACUUUCCUGGCGUGUCAACUGGGAGGUUGAAAAUGUUAUUUUAGAAUUUGAAUCAGAGAAGGUCACCUUUUCCUCCAUGGAGUGCUCAUGCAAAACUAUUCAUGAAUUCAUUGGCGGGUACAUUUUCUUGUCUACGAGGUCCACAGACAAAAAUCAGACUCUAAAUGAGGAGAUGUUUCACAAGCUGACAGGUGGUUGGCAUGAGUAA